CAGCAUGUCCGCCUCCGGCCCUGCUGCGGAGGGAGAGGGAACCCCCGACCAUCCCGCGUCCGAGAAGGAGCCCGAGAUGCCCGGCCCGAGGGAGGAGAGUGAGGAGGAGGAGGACGAGGACGAGGAGGAAGACGACGACGAGGAGGAAGAAAAAGAAAAGAGUCUCAUCGUGGAAGGCAAGAGGGAAAAGAAAAAAGUAGAAAGGUUGACAAUGCAAGUCUCUUCUUUACAAAGAGAGCCAUUUACAAUAGCACAAGGAAAGGGGCAGAAACUGUGUGAAAUUGAAAGGAUACAUUUCUUUCUGAGUAAGAAGAAAACAGAUGAACUUAGAAAUCUACAUAAACUACUUUACAACAGACCAGGCACAGUGUCCUCAUUAAAGAAGAAUGUGGGUCAGUUCAGUGGCUUUCCAUUUGAAAAAGGAAGUACCCAAUAUAAAAAGAAGGAAGAAAUGUUGAAAAAAUUUAGAAAUGCCAUGUUAAAAAGCAUCUGUGAGGUUCUUGAUUUGGAGAGAUCAGGUGUAAAUAGUGAACUGGUGAAGAGGAUCUUGAAUUUCUUAAUGCAUCCAAAGCCUUCUGGCAAACCAUUGCCAAAAUCUAAAAAAACUUCCAGCAAAGGCAACAAAAAGGAACGGAACAGUUCUGGAAUGGCAAGGAAAGCAAAGCGAACCAAAUGUCCUGAAAUUCUGUCAGAUGAGUCUAGCAGUGAUGAAGAUGAAAAGAAAAACAAGGAAGAGUCUUCAGAGGAUGAAGACAAAGAAAGUGAAGAGGAGCCACCAAAAAAGACAGCUAAAAGAGAAAAACCUAAACAGAAAGCCACUCCUAAAAGUAAAAAAUCUAUAAAGAAUGCUAAGAAUGCUAAUGUGAAAAAGGCAGAUAGCAGCACCACCAAGAAGAAUCAAAACAGUUCCAAAAAAGAAAGUGAAUCUGAGGAUAGUUCAGAUGAUGAACCUUUAAUUAAAAAAUUGAAGAAACCUCCUACAGAUGAAGAGUUAAAGGAAACAGUAAAGAAAUUAUUGGCCAGUGCUAACUUGGAGGAAGUUACAAUGAAGCAGAUUUGCAAAAAGGUAUAUGAAAAUUAUCCUGCUUAUGACUUAACUGAAAGAAAAGGUUUCAUAAAAACAACUGUUAAAGAGCUAAUUUCUUGAGAUAAAGGAGAGACAGAUGACUCGUUCCAUGGAUUUGAAGAUCUGAUUUAUACCAUUAUACCAGCAAAAAGAAUGUAUUUCCUUUUCUAAAUCCUUGCAAGCAUUAUGUUGGUAGAAUUUACUGCUGACUUUUUCUUUUUUUUUUUAUCUUGGGUGUUAUGUAAAUUUGAGUUUGCCAUUUUAAAUUGCAUUUCUAUGCAGUUUUUAGUUUAAAAUUUUGCAUGGCAUUAAUUGUUCCUUGCUUUUAUAGUUGUAUUUUGUACAUUUUGGAUUUCUUUGUAUAAGGUCAUAGAUUCUUGAACUGUUGUAGGUUUUAGUGCAGUUAAUAUUAGCUUACGGCAUACUUUUAAUCGAGUAGGGCAGAAACUAUUAUAACUGGCAUUUAUACAUGCAGAGACCAAUGCAGUAUUUAGUAUAUGGGAUAUUUUGAAUACAGCACACCUGUCAGUGUGACAACUCAGUGGCAGUGUGUUCAUCAUAUUAAGACUACAAGCUUCAGGUGUCCAGAUGACUAAAUUGGAACUUUUCUUCUGCAUGUAUAGAUAGGUCAAUUUGUCAGCAUGACAAAAGUGACAGAUGUUAUUUUUGUAUUUUCAAAAACAAACUUGUAUAUAAAGUUUUUUUUUAAAUUUCUUUUGUGCGGAUCAGUUUUAAAACCCAUAUAGGUAGUUAUCUUUACAGUUAUAAACUGAAAUGUCAGUGUUCAGCCAGAUGGUAUCACACAGAGCAGUGAAAGUCAGAAUUCAGUAAAGAGAACAAUGAAGGACAAAAACAUAGUUCUCUGCUUUGCUUUGAAAGUAUCAUCAAUUUGUAGCUUUUAGUGUCAAUUCUGCAACUGUUGUCUAUAGACACAUUUUAUAUUAAAGAUAAACCAAAAUCAACACAUCAGAACUUCAAAAAUUUAGGAAAGAGUAGGAUUAAGUACAAGAACAUUAACUGCAUUUGCCCAUAUAAAAUGCUGGUAUUUACAGGAAACCUGGACCUUUAUAAUGACCACAAAAAGUACCAGGUGUAAUGCCAGAAGAUAAUGUGUAGGCAGUAGUGAGUGUCUCUGAGAAGUAUUUCUCAAAAAUGAUGACUUGUUUUUAACAUUAAAGAAAUUUAAUGUAUCUGUGGAAUUAGAGCGGUUGGGUUUUAAAUUUUGGCUAAUCAGGAUUCUAGUUGAUUCAACAUAUAGACCACCCCUGAAUAAAACUAAUUUGUCUUUUAAAUUGACUGUGUUAAUCAGUUUAUUAAAUAAUCUUAAUUUUAAAACAUGCUGCUUAUGAGAAAAUUAGGCCUUUGAUAAACCAGUUGAGUGUUUAAAGUAUCUUUGCAUCAUAGAACAGAAAUAUGUAAAAAUAUGUUGAUUGUUAACAGGUAUUUUCACAGUUUUGACUUGUUUCUUGAUAAAGUUGUUAAGACAUUAGAAAAAUAAUACAAAUGAAUGGAAUAAACUGAGACCUACGAAUUGGCCUUUGAUUUUAAAUAGUUAAUUUGUUCCUAUAAACUUUGUCAAUAAAAGUAAUAAACAAUG